GGCUUACAAAGUAAACACAAUGCGCCUCGACUUCCACAGAUGUGGGGUGUAUGGAUGUUUGAAUGUCCGGGUGUUUAUCUUCCACAUCAACAAGUAAACACAAAAAGCCCAAAGACAUAUCAACGACUUUCCUCUCAUUUUACACCGCAACUCCUACAAUCACCAACUUAGAACCACAAUACAAAUGAGAUUACCAAAGCUCCUCAGGUGUAUACCUGUUAUCUUAUUGACAGUUGCUGGUCUUGUACACUCACAAGACAGUGGAGAAUCGACAGAGUCACGCCAUACAAACAAUUGGGCAGUUCUUGUGUCCACAUCACGUUUUUGGUUCAACUAUAGACAUAUGGCCAAUGUUCUCAGCAUGUACAGAACUGUUAAGAGAUUGGGUAUUCCAGACUCACAGAUCAUCCUUAUGCUUAGCGAUGACGUUGCAUGUAACCCAAGAAACUUAUUCCCAGGCUCAGUAUUCAACAAUGCCGAUAGAGGACUAGACUUAUACGGUGAUAGCAUCGAAGUUGACUACCGAGGGUACGAAGUUACGGUGGAGAACUUUAUAAGAUUGUUAACAGAUAGAUGGGGACCAGACCAUCCAAGGUCCAAGAGACUAUUGACUGAUGAGAACUCGAACAUCUUCAUCUACAUGACAGGCCAUGGUGGUAACGAGUUUUUGAAGUUCCAAGACGCAGAGGAGAUUAGUUCAUGGGACAUUGCGGAUGCCUUUGAACAGAUGCACGAGAAGAAGAGAUAUAACGAGAUUUUCUUCAUGAUUGAUACGUGCCAGGCUAAUACAAUGUACUCAAAGUUUUACUCUCCGAAUAUUUUGGCUGUGGGGUCCUCUGAGCUGGAUGAAUCGUCGUACUCACAUCACAGUGAUGUCGAUAUUGGGGUGGCCGUUAUUGACAGAUUCACGUAUUACAACCUUGAGUUCUUAGAGACUAUCGAAAAGAACUCUACAAAGACAAUUCAAGACUUGAUCGAUUCGUACACACUCGAGGAUAUUCAUUCACACGCAGGUGUUAGAACAGACUUGUUUAAGAGAAAUCUGAGCGAUGUGCUGAUCACAGACUUCUUUGGAAACGUUCAGAACGUUGUUGCACAACCAACCGAAGAUGAUAUCUUAUUCCUUUUGAACCAUGGUAAACCUCGAGAGGAGCUACAUGAAGAUGAAGAGUACAAGAAACAGAUAUUCAAGAUGAAUCAAUCUCAAAUAAACUCUUUCAAAUCUAAUACUAUUCACCUCACAGAAGACAAGACAUCAAACACGUUCAGACAGGUGAUUGCCUUAACAAUAUUGCUUGGGGGUGCACUGUUAUGGCUAACUGUGAACUUCAAGGGAUAAACAUUACAUACGAUCUUCAUACCCACAACCACAAUAUGACGUUACACACUACACUUUAGUUGAUUAAUAGACG